GGUGAUGACUCUCCUACUGUGACCCCAGCGUUGUGUUGUUCCUCCCAGGGUGACUCUGUUCCUCCCAGGGGUGAUGACUCUCCUACUGUGACCCCAGCGUUGUGUUGUUCCUCCCAGGGUGAUGACUCUCCUACUGGUGAUGACUCUCCUACUGUGACCCCAGCGUUGUGUUGUUCCUCCCAGGGUGACUCUGGUCCAGCGGGUGAUGACUCUCCGUUCUCCGACGCGGUGACCCUGGAACAGAAGACCAGCAGUAUAGGGGGCGCCAGCGGGAAGGUCAGCCUCUGGAUGCAGUGGAUGCUGACUAAGGUCACCGUCGAGCUGUUCGCUCCCGACCCCAACGCCAAAAACACAGAGAUCUGUGUGAUCAGUGAGGCUGAGGAUCUCAGUGCGUCAGUAGAUGUUCAGGAUGUUUACACCAAGAUCAAAUGUAAAGUGGGCAGCUUCAACAUGGACCAGUACCAGACCAGGUACCCAGAUGUCUCCUGGAUCCUGACAGGACAGACUGGAUCAGUCCUGGCUCUGUGUUCCUGGCUCUGUGUUCCUCUGUGUUCCUGUCUCUGUGUUCCUCUGUGUUCCUGUUCCUCUGUGUUCCUGUUCCUCUGUGUUCCUGUUCCUCUGUGUACCUGUUCCUCUGUGUUCCUGGCUCUGUGUUCCUCUGUGUUCCUGUCUCUGUGUUCCUCUGUGUUCCUGUCUCUGUGUUCCUGUCUCUGUGUUCAU